UGUAAAUCAAAACGACAUAUGAUAUGAAUAUGUGAUAAAUUGUCUCUAAAAUUGACCUCAUUUUUUGAAUACCAUAAACGUCUUCAAGUGAGACGACAACUACGUUAUGGACUUAUUGUCGACAAUUGAUUGUUGUAUAGACAGCUGAUAACAAAUUCGGUGAUCAAUGUCUUCGAUCAGUGGUAAUGGUGUCGAUGACGACGAUUCGCUGUUCGAGUUGUUAAAAGAGGUCCAAUUGGAACAGUUCUAUGAUCUGAUUCGUAAGACACUCAAUGUUACACUCGUUGACCACUUCGACAAAGUCAUUGUCACUGAUUUAACUGAUUCGGCUGUCGGUAUGGGCGCACCCGCAGCCAGAAGACUAGUAGCCGCAGCUAAGACUAAGAUUAGAGACAAGAAGCGAAAGACAAUUUUCAAUAUGAUUUUACCAAAUAAGACAUCGACAGGACAUCAAUCAACACAUUCCAAGAAAUCUUCGAAUUCGGUUUCCAACAGAAGAAACUCAUUGACACCUACUUCGGCAUCCAAUGGUCUGACGUGUCUUAUCAACACUAAAGACAUCAAAACACUUAACAAAUUAGGCGACGGAUCCUUUGGUGUUGUGAUGAAAGGUGAAUGGACUCUACCUAAUGGUCGUACAAAAGAAGUGGCGGUAAAAGUAUUAAAACAAGAGGUUAUGUCAGAGCCGACAGCUUUCGAGGACUUUGAGAAAGAGGUCAAUGCUAUGCAUCAAUUGAAUCACCAGAAUCUGAUUCGUCUCUAUGGAGUAGUAUUAUCGUCACCUAUGAUGAUGGUCACCGAAUUGGCCGCAUUGGGAGCUCUUAGGGAUCGAUUGCGCAAAGAAUGUGGACACACAUCCAUAUCAACAUUAAUUGAAUACGCGAUUCAAAUAUCUCAAGGAAUGGCAUAUUUAGAGUCUAAACGUUUCAUACAUAGAGACUUAGCUGCGCGUAAUGUUUUAUUAGCUAACAAUGAAAAAGUUAAAAUCGGCGACUUUGGACUCAUGAGAGCUAUUCCCUCUCAUGAAGAUUGUUAUAUAAUGAAUGAGCACAAGAAAGUACCCUUUCCUUGGUGUGCACCCGAGUCACUCAAGUCAAGACAGUUCUCACACGCCAGCGAUACCUGGAUGUUUGGUGUAACACUUUGGGAGAUGUUUACCUUUGGUCACGAGCCAUGGAUUGGACUCAAUGGCGCACAAAUACUCCAUAAGAUUGACAAAGAGGGUGAACGACUGCCUCAACCAAAUGCCUGUCCGUUUGAAAUUUAUCAGCUUUUGCUGAUUUGUUGGGACACUAAACCAGAAAAUAGGCCAACAUUUGAGGCAUUGAAGACCUUCUUUUGUGAAGCCCGUCCCGUCAAAUUGAAAGCCAUUCAAAAAUUUGAUGGAAAACCUGAUAGUCAUCCGAAAUUGGCUGUUGAACCGAAAAUUAUCGUUAAAGAUAUCUAUUUGAAUGUCGAAGUCAGCGAUGAGAUUCAAGUGAUUGAAGGAAAACCAGAAAAUUAUUGGUGGAAAGGACAGAAUCAAAGAACUUAUGCCAUCGGAUACUUUCCCCGAUGUGUUUCGGGAAGCAAUUCAAUUAAAUCUAGUGAUAUUAGUCGACCUCUAAGAAAUAGUUUCAUACACGCCGGUCAUGGAAGUCAUGCCGAAUCGUGGGGUAAUCCCGCUUAUAUUGAUUCUAUGUAUUUGAAUAAUCCUAUGGAACCUCCAGAUGUUCUCGGCAUUGAAAUGGAUUUACCAUCAGCUCCCAAAUUAGCCAAUAGGAAUAAAAGAACUUUACAUUUAUCAGACUUUAAACAAAUUGAAUCUAAAAAGAUAAGUCAAUUUGGAUAUAAUAAACUUCAAAAUGAAAAGGUGUUAAUAUAUAAAACAAAUGUUUCAAAUCUUCCGCGACGGUCGCGAUCUUAUUCGGAACUUAAGACUGUCGCCGAUAAUUGGGAUGAAGUGAAACAAAGUGACGGAAUUUUAAUUGAUUUGAGCGAUGAAGUGACUGUCAGUUCUUCGACAGCACAACAAGUUAUGACUGAAUCCCAUAGAAAUUUACGAUCACUUAAUCACAUUGAGACUAAUAAUAGUCAACCAUCCAGUGGUCAAAUUGAUGACUCGACAUAUUGUAAUAUUCCGGUCGACUCUCAAACUAAUAAUAACCAAUCGUUUAAGUAUUAUUCACCACCACUUGAAUCAACAGAUGUGCUCACAAACGGCGGCUUUAGUUUUGAUAACAAAGAGGAUCGAUACUACUCUGCCGUUGCAUCGAAUUUUAAUGAAGAAUCUCAGAUUCAAUGGUCAUCAUCGACUUCAACGACUAAUUCAUUUGUUCCAAAUUUUCAAAACAAUAUCACACCAAAUGAACAAUCAAUUGAUUUGUUAGAAAAGAAAUUGAAAGAAAUUCGUCUAAACUAUUCUACAGACAAUUUGACAUUAAAUACAAACAAUAAAACUACUGAAAACAAUAAUAUUAUUCAAACUCUGAGCCCACAAAUUGAAUCAAAUUUAAAAAACAAUGAAAUGACGACAAAGUUAAGCAAAGAAUUCAUUGCCGAACUCGAGUCAAAAUUAUUGAAUCCCAGUAGUAGUGGUGAUACCAUUAAAAACAGCGACUCUUUGACAAAAGCCAAAGUCAAUAUAAGCCAAAUACCAAUCAUAGAGCCGCCGCCAAAGUACGCCACAACUAGAAGAACAAACAGCACAUCCACACCAACCCAUUGCACUGCUGUCAGUCCCAAUAACAUUGUCUCCGUCAACAACAACAACAACAAUAAUAACACUACUUUUGCAACAGUAUGUCUACCAAACAAGCCAUCGGCGCCUACGACUCCAUUUGCAAACAAUUCAAAUACAGCACACGUUAAGCCGUUUUUGGUGACUCCAUCAGCUCCGACUCGUGAGUCAAUUUAUGGACUCGGAGUAUGUCAUAAUUCAAUUCCCGGCUCAUCACUGCCUGCAAUGGAUUUUCCGCAAUCAUUGGUUACAAGACUACAGAAUCGAGUGAAGUCGGCGACAAAAGACGAGUGCAUUACAUCUCUCUAUAAGAACAAUAUGGACGCCGUGGCAGCGCUUAAAGAACUUCAGUUAAAUCAAUUGAUGAAAUUAGGUAUUUCGAGUCGUGGCGACUGCGAGAAGGCAUUAAUGAUCGCCAACUACGACAUGGAAGCGGCCGCCAGUCAGCUGUUGGAUAUGUUGGCGGUUAAGUGAACAGACCUAUUGAUCCUCUUUGUCGGCAAUUCUUCUACUUUUUUCUUAAACAUUGUUUGCUUAAAGAUGUCACACAAAAAAACAUAAAUUUUUUGAAAUUAUUACUCAGUUAUUGUUUUAUAAUUUUUAUUUUUUUAAUAAUUUAUAUUUAAGUCAUU